AGCGCUGAGGAUUCGCCUCUUUUACCGGCACAGCACCAUUCGCGGCGGUCAGUCGUAACUCGCUCUCGCGAUCGUAAACAACUCUCUUCUCUUGACACACGCGCGACUCAUGGAGCUGUCAUGAGAUCCCGCUGCUCCUGAUCUGGACCAGGAUAACGGAGACGGUCGGCUCCUCGCGAACAUAUCCGCUGAACUGAUCAUCGGAAAAGGAAAAACUUUGUGUGAUUUUUUGAUACUAGCUGAGAUGAUGAUUUCGAUUGGUAGCAGCAAGGGUUAAAAUACAGACUAUAGUUUAGAAGAGGAAUUGAUCUUCAAUUCGUCAUGAGCCACGAAUGACUUUGAUUUUCUGGCAAAGAUCGUAGCUGGUAUUGGGCAGGUUCGGUUUCACCGGAAUUAUAACGAUUCGAUAACAUCAAUUUAUUUUCUCUUGUGGACCAUAAAACUCAACAUUGCUCUAAUAUUUUAUAAAACUGUGCUUUUAUUUUGGAUGAGCAUACUUGGACACUGAACAGCGAAAACUUAUUUUAUAAAUAAAUUGAACAAUUAAGCCAAAUUCUGCCGAACUCACUGCAGUGAUUUGGUUCAACCAUCAAAAGUUCAUCUGACUUUAUCUACACGAAAUUUGUGAUUGCUCUCCAAUAAUAAAAUAAUUAAAUUUACCAAAAAAAAAGCAUGAGCUCUUAUCAGUUUGUGAAUUCGUUGACUUCCUGUUACGGUCAACGCAGUCAAGAUUCCACCAGUCAGGACUACUAUACUCCACAGGUACAAACGUAUGGGGGUGGAUGCUACAGCGGGCCUGGUUCCCCUGUUCAACAGUAUGGGCCAUACCCUCAACACAAUGUGCCCCACUUGCAGAACGGGGACCAUCACUUCAACAGCUGUUCUCAGAAUCGUCUGAACCACCCUAACCCAAGCCAGAGCCCCCGCACACCGACUCCCUCGGUGACCCCCGUUCCGAGUUGCAAAUAUGCUGAACCCAGUGCAGCUUCCCCACAGGAUCUGAGCACCAGUGGGUCUCACCCACCCCCGGCUGGUAGCCCCGAGUCUAGAACCUCCCCCCAGCCCCCGAGGCAACAUCCUUCACCUACGCAUUCACAAGGGGUGGCUCCGACUCAGCAGACGACCAGCCAGCAGGCCAGCCCUCAGCAAACUCAGGGGCCCCAAGAUUCCUCCUCGCCACAAGCUGCUCAACAGGGCCAGCAGAAGUCAGCUUACCCAAACACCCCACCUCAGAUCUAUCCCUGGAUGAGGAAAGUCCACGUCGGUCAAAACGGUGUGAAUGCCAUGGGAGAGACAAAGCGACAGAGGACGUCCUACACCCGAUACCAGACCCUGGAACUGGAGAAGGAAUUUCAUUUCAAUCGGUACCUGACGCGGAGGAGGAGGAUUGAGAUCGCCCACGCCCUCUGCCUCUCUGAACGACAGAUCAAGAUCUGGUUCCAGAACAGACGCAUGAAGUGGAAGAAAGAGCACAAGUUAGCCUCCACGAUGCCGCCGCAGAUUCCACAGGUGAUGACAGACCACCACCCUCACCAUCACCACCCGCAUCACCACCAUGCUCACCACCUGCACGUUGGUGAUUUUGGAAGAUUUCAGCGAAUGUAUUAAAAAGUCAGCCACAUUUCUGUGUGUUAAGAGGCCGAGAGAAGAUUGGAGGUAGGCGUUUCUGUUGCUUUAGUAGAGGCACGAGGAACGUACUACCACAUUUUGUGUUUCCUGUCUUUCAGUAGGUUGGUGAGGUCUGAUCACUUCACCAGACGUUAUUAGUUUCUUUCUUCAUAACACGAAGCCCUUUUUCCCCCCUUACUUAAAACGAAAGAGACAUGUUUUUUCUCAGGGCAUUCCUAAAGAACUCUUCAUGGACUUAUAUGAUGUGUGAAUUUGUAUUUUUAAUGUAUUUAUUUAUGGAAAACUAUAAGAGCUUUUGAGAGUUGCAUCCGAUUGCUAAGAAUAAUAAUCAUUCGAAAAUUUAAGGCAUGGGUAUUCAGGACUUUCUGAACGACAGAUGAGAGUCACAAAGUAGAAACGCUGUUUGUGCAGUUACAUACUAAAGCACGUAAUGUGCAUGGUAAAUUUCCCAAUACAAAUUCCAAGAAAAUAACCAAAAUACAUAAAAAAUUACUAUCUAAUUAAUAAAUUGAAUUGUCAGCUUAUGUUAUAAAAAUUAAUUUAUAACAAAUAUUAUGCUACAAAACAUAACAUUUUAUCAGCAGAUUGUGGGCACGAGGGAGUUAAGGAAAGUAUUUGACUAGAUGGUAUUGUUAAUGUCAACAAUUUUGUUCAAUGAAUUAAGUGAGUAAUAAUAAAGAUAUUAUUAUUACUCACAAUAUUUAUAUGUGAGUAAUUACUCACAUAACUCAUGUGUGAAUAAUAUGUA